CGCGGGGACACUUGGAAUCAAUGGUCGAUGGAAAAUACAUGCAAAGAGUAGUAAAGGAUUGAUGUAGGUAGAGGAUUCAUAUCAGAACAGGCGCAAAAAUGGAUUUAAACGUUAAGAAAUUAGUGAAAGAUGCUGGUGCUGCGCUUAGUAGAGUCGUACAGUUGACAGAAGAAACAUUGGGAACAUCAGAGAAAACUGAAUUAGAUGCUCAUUUAGAGCACCUUGCAGAUAGAGCAAAUGCAACUAAAACAUGGACUGAAAAGAUUCUUAGGAAUAUGGAGGCAGUACUUACUCCAAAUCCAGGCAAUAGAAUUGAAGACUUUUUUUAUGAAAAGAUUGAUAAAAAGAAACCUAACAGAUUGAGCAAUCUAGAAUAUGUAGGCAUGGAUAUGAUAGAGGCAGGAAAUGAUUUUGGUCCAGGAAUUGCUUAUGGUAGUGCAUUAAAUAAGGUUGGACAAUGCCAGCAAAAGUUAGGACAAAUUCAGAGAAAUUUCAUUAAAGAUUCUGCUAAUUGUUAUAUACAACCUUUAAGAAAAUUUUUGGAAGGUGAAAUGAAAACUGUUACCAAAGAAAUGUCAAUAUUGGAAAAUAAACGAUUGGACCUAGAUUCAUGUAAAAACCGAGUAAGAAAAGCAAGAAGUAUGCUGGGUCAGCAGAGUGAGACUGGGGUAUCACCCGAAGUAUUACUUGAUCAGGCAGAGAGGGAGUUGAGAAUAGCACAAUCGGAGUUCGAUCGUCAAGCAGAGAUAGUGAAAUUAUUGCUGGAAGGUGUUCAAAGCUCUCAGGCUGGGCACUUACGUUGUUUGCAUGAAUUUGUCGAGGCACAAGCGCGUUAUUACGCUCAAUGUCAUGCAACAAUGCAAGAUCUGCAACGUGAACUUGCUGGCUUAUCUGGGGGUCCUUAUCAUCCGACUACCCAAUCAACAUCCAAUGUAUCAGGAAAUGACGAUAAACAACUAGCAAGGGUAUUAUGCGAUUUUUCUGCGACAAAUUCUGAAGAAUUAAGCGUCGUGCAAAAUGAGGUAAUUACGGUUAUCGAGAUACCCGGCAAUGAGGAGUACGUAAUUGGUAUAAAUGGAAUAAGACAAGGAAAAGUACCCGCAGCAUAUCUAGAAUUAAUUGAUGUUGGUCAACGAAAAUUCAGUCAAUAACUUUAAUGCACAUUCCUUGCAUUUAAAUGCUUCAUUCUACUUUCAACUUUAACUGCAAUUGCAUUAUGCACUAUAAAAUGUUUCUUCUACUUCGUGCAAUUAAUGUAAAAAAUAAUUACCAAAGUGUGAUCAAUUGAGAAACUACA